UUGGCCGUACUGGUAUUUCCAGAAAAUGAGAGUUCAGAGGUGGCAAACAUGUAUGUCCUGAGGAUUUCUGCUUGGCUUCCCCCUUAAUGUAGGGGUUUUGGCGUUGUCUUCUGGCUUGCUGGUUGCAGUUCUCCACGGGCCAGUGCAGGGGCUUUUGACACUUUGCUGACAGUAUUUCACUGGCAUUGCUCCCUCUUAGCCAGCUGCUCUGCAAGCCUCCCAAGCUACCCGUAAUUCAGGAGGAUGAAUUUAUUUCAAAUUCAUUUUCAGACCAUGUUAAAGACUAAGUUGAAUGUCCUUACUCUUCGGAAAGAGCCUCUCCCGACAGUGAUCUUCCACGAACCAGAAGCCAUUGAGCUGUGUACCACAACUCCCCUCAUGAAGACCCGGACUCACACUGGAUGCAAGGCCAGCCCGUGGUGGUUAGAAAUGUUUUGUGGGUGUCACUGGGAGCUGGGAAGGAGGUCACACUCAUGCUACAGCUGUACCAAUGCUUUGGUGAUGGUUACGUAUUUGGGUAAGGUUUCCACAACAGGGAUGCAAUUUUUGUCAGGCUGCACGGAGAAACCAGUCAUUGAAUUAUGGAAGAAGCACACGCUCGCCAGGGAGGAUAUUUACCCAGCUAAUGCCCUUCUGGAAAUUCGCCCUUUCCAAGUCUGGCUGCAUCAUCUGGACCUCAAAGGUGAGGCAACAGUCCACAUGGAUACCUUUCAGGUAGCACGUAUAGCCUACUGCACUGCUGACCACAACGUCAGCCCAAACAUCUUUGCUUGGGUCUAUCGGGAGAUCAACGAUGACUUGUCCUACCAGAUGGACUGCCAUGCUGUAGAGUGUGAGAGCAAGCUGGAGGCCAAGAAGCUGGCCCAUGCCAUGAUGGAGGCCUUUAAGAAGACUUUUCACAGCAUGAAAAGCGAUGGCCGGAUCCACAGGAACAGCUCAUCAGAGGAAGUGUCUCAUGAAUUUGAAUCUGAUGAUGGCUGACUGAACUCAUUCGCGGUUCAGCAAAGGCAGAAAUGGCCUAGGGAAUGAGACCUGAUAGAUGAAUAAGCAACAAUUGAAACUGGGGAAUGAAAGGACUGCCAAACACUUGUCUGACCAGCUUUUUAAAUCAAAAGAGCAAUUCGGUACCUACAGAUAUGCAUCAUUAAAGUAAUUACGUUACAUUGAAAUCUGCUGCUGUUGUAAAAGUGAGGAAAAAAGCUCCCUCCCCCAACUCUCUCACCCACCCAUCACUGUCCCUUUCUCAUCUCUGUAGUUCAGGUGCAUACCAAUGAAGUAGACUCAUUCCUGUUUGUCUUACAAGACUGGUCAGGCAAUUUUAUUAGUUGCUUCUGCGGAGUUCCUAGCUGGGGGCUGAUGCUGAUGCACAAGAGCAAGUAAACAUGGAAAGCCCUAAUGGUUCCCGAAGAAUCUUUCUCUGUGAUGCAUCACAAAAAACCUUUGACCGUACGUAGGCUAAGACAUCCAUACAUAGCCUUUUAGACUAACGGCCUGGCAUUCUGCAGUUAAUUCACAUUUCACAAAUAAAAAAAUGAAAGAAGAUGCUUGUAUGUACACAUUAUAUCAUAUGCUAUCCUUUAUUUUAUUCAUUGUACUUAUUUUCUUAAUAUACCUGCUGCCACGUCUUUCACCCAACACCAGUAGCUGCAGUUUCAGACUAUAUACUGCAGGAUACCAAAAAGGGGUGGGCAAAAAUUCUCCGUGACGGCUAGGGGUACAGCGAGCCAGCACCAUUACCUGUGCGUGUUCCAACCCUGAUGUGCUUUGCAGGAGGAGGGCCCACUGGUAAGAGUUGAGGGACACUUGGGUCUGUCAGCAUUUGAACUGUGACUUCUCAUCAACCUCAGGUCUGAAGUGAUAUGAGUAUGGUAGCCUCAACUCCGUGUCACCGGUCUCCACAUUGCUGGCCGAGUGGCCCUGGUGGGAUAGAGCUGGUGGUGCCUCAUCGCACAGCCAGGGCUGCGUUACUGUAAAGAUCAAAGGAAACAGUCCCUUAGGAGUCAGGUUUGAACAUCUGUUCUGGUUGAGAAGCUCAUGUUAAGAUUCCCAUAUCUUUCCUUGUUCACAGAUAUACAGAGUCAUGCCUUUCUUAAAUGCAGAUGUUUAAUAAAACUCAAAUAAAAGGAAAAACUUGUUUCACUUGACAUUUUUUAAAGCCGAGAGCAGAUCGAUAGUUUGCAAGUCAUGCUGCUCCUUUGUACAAUUUUGUUUGUAAUUAUGGUAAUGUUAGGGGCACUAGGGCACCUUACAGAAGCCUUAAAAGAAAGCUAAUCAAAGCAGAUAGCUCUGUGUCUGUGUUUUGUGGGUCUGUGUUUGUAUGUGAGUGUAUGUGUGAGUCCAGUGUUAAAGCGUAUAGAUUGAGCAUGGGAGACAUUGAGGAGGGCCCACACCUCUUGAAAAUAUGCUUGUUGCAUUACAAUGUAUGUAAACUAUUCUCCAGCAUAAAUGCAUUCAUACUUUAAUAAAAAAAAAUAAUGUUUUGAGUUAAA